AGAAAAAAAAAGUCCGCAACACGGCUCGCCUAAAAUCUUCCCCAAAACCCAUUGUUCCGCGAUGAGACCUGCAGCCACAGCGUUAGCAGCCACCGCCGCCGCGCUCCGGGCCGCAUUCCUCUCCCCUCCGGCCGUUGCCUCCUGCCUUCUCGCUCCCCGCCGUGUCCUCCUCCUCCCACUGCACCGCCUCUCCUCCUCAUCCUCUGCCCCCCCGCCGAGCGUAGCCGCCUCUGACUCCCAGCCGCCGCCGUUGCCUGCCUUCAUGGACGCGCAGUUCGAGUCCUUCCGCGCGCAGCUCGACGGUUCCUCCGCCCUCCGCGACCGCAUCCGCGCCGUCGUCUCCGAGGUCGAGUCCGCCUCCCGCGCCGCCACCGCUGCUCUCCUCCUCGUCCACCAGCCCGUCCCCCUUGCAGAUGUGCUCGGCAAGGUGAAGGCGCAGGUGGAGGUGAUCAAGGUUCACUACUCUCAGCUCGCGGAGAUUCUCAGAGAGAGUCCCGGUCAGUACUACAGGUACCAUGGGGACUGGAGGAGCGAGACACAGGCAGUGGUGUCAAUGCUGGCGUUUACACACUGGCUUCAGACUGGUGGCCUCCUCACACACGCUGAGGCCCAGGAGAAGCUAGGACUGAGCUGUGGAGAGUUUGGCCUGGACGUUGAAGACUAUCUGACUGGUUUGUGCUUCAUGUCCAAUGACUUUCCUAGAUAUACGGUGAAUCGUGUCACUGGUGGGGAUUACGACUGCCCAAGGAAGGUCCUAAGCUUUCUGACUGACCUGCAUGCUUCAUUUAGGAUGCUGAAUCUGCGCAAUGACUUCUUACGUAAAAAAUUUGAUGGGAUGAAGUAUGAUUUGAGAAGGGUGGAAGAGGUGUUUUAUGAUGUUAAGAUUCGUGGACUUGUACCUGGGGAUUCAAAACAAGAGGUUGCUCAGUCAUAGAAGGUGAGCGGUACCUACCGUUUGGUUGGCGAUCGGCAACUGUCAUGAGUUCUCCUGACUACUGUUAAAGUUCAUGCUUCAUGUUGGAAGGCUAGAAUUGCUUUAAGGUGAUGUACUUGUGAACCCAUCUGGAAGUUGUCCAGCGGGAAUAUAUUUCCCACUGGAAUCGGUAUCACCACCGGUAAUUAUUCUGUGAUCUUGUCAUGCGACUGAUGUCUUCGGUGUACUGACUUUCUGACAUUUUUACUUCGUACCUACGGUAGACUUCGCCCUUAAGCUUGAUUUUUCUUUU